AUGAAAGGUGGCUGUGUCUUCCAGUGGAAGGCGGCCGCCGGGCUCCUCUUCUGUGUCAUGGUUUUUGCAUCUGCCGAGAGACCGGUCUUCACGAAUCAUUUUCUUGUGGAGUUGCAUAAAGGAGGAGAGGAAGAAGCUCGCCAAGUUGCAGCAGAACACGGUUUUGGAGUCCGAAAGCUUCCCUUUGCUGAAGGCCUGUAUCAUUUUUAUCACAAUGGCCUGGCAAAGGCCAAGAGGAGACGCAGCCUGCCCCAUCAUCAUCAGCUGGAGAGAGACCCCAGGGUAAAGAGGGCCUUGCAACAGGAAGGGUUCAACCGAAAAAAGCGAGGGUAUAGAGACAUCAACGAGAUCUACAUCAACAUGAACGACCCUCUUUUUACGAAGCAGUGGUAUCUGAUCAAUACCGGGCAAGCUGAUGGUACUCCUGGCCUCGACUUGAAUGUGGCAGAAGCCUGGGAGCUGGGAUACACAGGGAAAGGUGUUACCAUUGGAAUUAUGGACGAUGGGAUCGACUAUCUCCACCCGGACCUGGCCUCAAACUAUAACGCCGAAGCAAGCUACGACUUCAGCAGCAACGACCCCUAUCCUUACCCUCGAUACACAGAUGACUGGUUUAACAGCCAUGGGACCCGAUGUGCCGGGGAAGUUUCUGCAGUCGCCAACAACAACAUCUGCGGGGUCGGAGUGGCCUACGGCUCCAAGGUCGCAGGGAUCCGGAUGCUGGACCAGCCCUUCAUGACGGACAUUAUCGAGGCCUCCUCCAUCAGCCACAUGCCUCAGCUGAUAGACAUUUACAGCGCCAGUUGGGGCCCCACCGACAACGGGAAGACGGUGGACGGGCCCCGGGAGCUCACACUCCAGGCGAUGGCGGACGGCGUGAACAAGGGCCGAGGGGGCAAAGGCAGCAUCUACGUGUGGGCCUCAGGGGACGGCGGCAGCUACGACGACUGCAACUGCGACGGCUACGCCUCGAGCAUGUGGACCAUCUCCAUCAACUCGGCCAUCAACGAUGGCAGGACCGCCCUGUACGAUGAGAGCUGCUCCUCCACCCUGGCCUCCACCUUCAGCAACGGGCGCAAGCGCAACCCCGAGGCCGGAGUGGCAACCACAGAUCUGUACGGCAACUGCACCCUGAGGCAUUCUGGGACAUCCGCAGCUGCUCCCGAGGCAGCUGGAGUGUUUGCACUGGCUUUAGAGGCUAACCUGGGUCUGACCUGGAGAGACAUGCAGCAUCUGACCGUGCUCACCUCCAAACGGAACCAGCUUCACGACGAGGUCCAUCAGUGGCGGAGGAACGGGGUCGGCUUGGAGUUUAAUCACCUCUUUGGCUACGGGGUGCUUGACGCAGGCGCCAUGGUGAAAAUGGCCAAAGACUGGAAAACUGUGCCUGAGAGGUUCCACUGUGUGGGAGGCUCCGUGCAGGACCCUGAGAAAAUACCGCCGACCGGCAAGCUCGUGCUGAAGCUCACCACCGCCGCCUGCGAGGGGAAGGAGAACUUCGUGCGCUACCUGGAGCACGUGCAAGCUGUCGUCACGGUCAACGCGACCAGGCGAGGGGACCUGAACAUCAACAUGACGUCCCCCAUGGGCACCAAGUCCAUCCUGCUGAGCCGGCGGCCACGGGACGACGACGCCAAGGUGGGCUUCGACAAGUGGCCUUUCAUGACCACCCACACCUGGGGGGAAGAUGCCCGGGGGACAUGGACCCUGGAGCUGGGCUUCGUGGGGAGCGUGCCCCAAAAGGGGGUGCUGAAGGAGUGGACACUGAUGCUCCACGGCACGCAGAGCGCCCCGUACAUCGACCAGGUGGUUAGGGAUUACCAGUCCAAGCUGGCCAUGUCCAAGAAGGAGGAGCUGGAGGAAGAGCUGGACGAAGCGGUGGAGAGAAGCCUGAAGAGCAUCCUGGGCGAGAACUAG